AUGCCAGGGUAUAUAGCUAUUACAGAACCCACGUCAGCUUCACCAUCCAAGAACAAACCCUGGCCCGCGUCCUCGUGUUGGAUUUGUGACGGCUUGAUUUCGAGAGUGUAUCCAGUGAGGUCUUUUAGUUUCUGUGAGAGCUCGAAACGUUUCAGAGGCUUUGUGUCCACCAUACGUGCGCCUGAGAUUACGUGGCAUUUGAAGAAAACACGUGUUCAGCAUAAGCACAAUGAACAUGAACGAGGUGUAAGAUGCCUUGGAAGCAAUGUCAACUAUCUCGUCUGCAUCAGCUUCAACUGCAUUUUUCCCCAAGCGGUUGUAGCUGCAAGGAUUUAUACCACGGCUUAUAAGGUCUUGGAUAUAACCACCGUAAAACACUUCACUAAACCACAAAAUAUCAUAAGUCGCCUCGACACACAUGCUACCACUUUGCAGGCUAAUUCAAACCUCCAAAACACGCACAUACACCCACUGUCGGUCAUAUCCUCGCUUCCGACCACCCGCCGACGCAAAAACAAUGCCGCCCCAGUCAUCGGCGACGACACACUCGACGCUCCUCACUGCGACAAUCUCCCCGCCGGCGUUGACCACGAUGGCCAAAUCGAUUGUCAAAUUCCCAUCAACGUCGGUUCUCCCAUCUCCGUUAGCAACAAGCUCUCGCCGGCGACACACAUGACGGCCAAACCAAUGUCAUCCAUCGUUCUCAGCCCUGGAUUCGCCGAACACGCUCACAAACUGAAACAUAGGUCUGGCGAUUUCAUCCAAAUCGGAAUCUGA